UCACUAUCUGUCAAAGCACGAAAACUGAAACCGCGUGCCUAUCUUCCAAAUAGCGGCGAUCUUAUCUGUAAUGAUGCAACAGUAACAUUCCAGGUGUUCACAUCGAUAGAUUACUUUUCUCCCUGAUUAAAGGGUCGGCCUCAGCACCUUGAUGUCCCCUAAUUGCCUUCGAAAGGCUGCCGUCGAUUCAGUCCGCGUCGCGCGUGCUCCGACACGGAGGGCUGCUCGCGACCUCCGCCACGCCAGCUUCUGACGCGCCCUCUGUCGGUUGGCUCGACCAAAAUUGCCGUUAUUUUGACAGUUUUGGAAAGUCCCAAUCGCAUAUACACCCAAUGUCACUCUUCACAUCUCAGAUGCACACUUUCUAAAAAUCUGAUAGACUGGUGAAGUCUCUGUGAAGCAAGUCGCGCAGACCGAAGCCUAGCGAGUAGUGGGAGCGCACGAGCGACUCGAGUAGGUUGACGUUUCUUUGCGAUUUCUUGCAGGCAUUCUACAAAAAAAUCGAAGAAUCCAUCUGUCUCUUUCUUGGUCACUCAACACGGUUUUCAGGAAAGGUUUGAUGGGAGCCGUGUGAAGAAUUUGUAAGCCUAAGUUUCCAUGAUAUGGAAGGAAGAAAUCUGCUCCCAACAUUUCUUGAAAACAGCAACCUGACCAAAGCCCUUAAACUUCGAGAGCGCAUUGCUGAUGACGUUUCCAAACUGCCAGUGGGUGAGCCUGCUCUGUACUAUUGCACCACCCUACACCUGCACAACGUGCAGCUCAUUGGAUACGAGGCCUACAGCCUACACUGCAGGGAGCUCAUUCGAAAAUCCCUCUUUGAUCUGAAUGUGUUGAGACUCUUUGAAGAAAAAAAGUGGCUUAACUGGUGCAAACAGCUGAAGCUUCUCUUUCCUCUGAAAAAUGCUGGAAAAGAGAGCAGCUUACCAGAUGCAGUGUCUCUAUAUAUGUGGGGUGUGCAUGACUCUGAUAUGGUACUCAGUACAGCUUUGUAUAAAACUCUGACCAAGAACAGCCCCACUUACCUCGGACUGGCCGGCCAUAAGGGAUCCCAGAAAUCAGACUACAGAGCUUUACCCCUGACUCCAGACAUAAGACUGCAAGAAGAGGAAUGGCAGUAUGUUGUGAAAACAGCUGAUCCAAAAUCAAAAGCAAAGGCCACUCGGAAGCAGCGCUACCAGGAUAUCUACCUUUUCAUUUUAGCUAAUAUAAUCAGAAGACCAAUCAUUGUCAUAGCAGGAUGUCCUGAGGAAACAAUUAACGUUUCAUUGAAUUCAGCGCCUGAGCCUUCAGGCGUGUAUUUACCGCUCCUCUGGUCUCCAAACCGUUGUUGCUGUUUCCCCGUUGUUCUUGCCUUUUCUGAACAACAUUUCACACCUCUGGUUUAUGCAAAUGACCCAGGGCCAGAAAUCGAAGCAGUUCCAUUAGUAAUACCCUGUAAAGACAGACUUCUCAAGUUUGGAGUGCCAUUCUUAUUUGAAAAGAAUGAGGAUGCUAAACAACAAUGUCUGGACACCUACCUAAACCUUAUUAAUGUAGAAGGCUGCACUGAAGAGUUCAUCACAGCUGCCAGGUUGCAAGGGAACGAUCUGCCAGAGAACUUCAGCCUGGUCCAGGACUACUUCAAGCUUGUCCAACACAUGGAAAGCAAUAGCCACAGGAAUGUCGAGGGCAAAGUCAAACCAAAGCUGAAUCCAAAUCAAGACCAGCUCAGCAAGGUCUCUGCCCUUUCCAACUUUUCAAUAACUGGCAAUCACUGCGUUACCUCGGGGUGUCAGUACUUCUCGUCCACUUCCACACAGCCAUUUUGUCACGAAUGUCAUAAAAAACUUCAUCAACAAGCCACUCCCUCUUCACAUCGAAAGCAGUUUGUUUCUGACAGGAUGUCCUUCUAUGGCAAUGAUAGUCCUGCCGAAGUAAAACUUCCACCUGGUCCAGCAUCUGCCCCUGCUGCAUCAUCUCAGAUGACAUUUUUUAAUGAAAUUAACCCGAAAAGCUCUGCCGUUAUCAGGAAGUGUCCAGUCACAGGAAAUAAGACCCAGCACACACCUCCCAAUGCUACCUUUAACAGAGUUCUGCUAUGCCCAUUCACAGCAAGCCAUACCAUGCGAGAACUGAACCCAGAAGAGACACUUGUGGAAAACACAAUGGACCUCCUUACUGGGAGAUGUAUAAUGUGCAAAAACGAAACAAGGACAUUUAAUGGCUUAUGUUACAAGUGCCUGCAGAGGAAGGCAGAAGCUUUCGGAUCAGAUGAUGAUCAGGAUUCAGUAAUCCCAGGCUUUCAAUCUGCUUUGCCUUCCUCCUGUCUAGAAGAAGAAAGCUGUGGCUCCUGCACUGAAUCAAGGAAUGGGAGGAGGUGUGUCAAUGCUGGAUGCAAUUUCUACGGCACCCAGGAAAAUUUGGGCUACUGUACCAUCUGCUACAUUGCCAUCUAUGGCAACAAAGAUCACCACGGUCAAAGUGUAAGCACCACAGCCAUGCUGGGCAGCCAGCCAUCUCCAAGCUCCUCUGUACAGCGGAACCUGAUGAAAUGUCGAGCACUCGAAUGUACCAGGCUAGGAAGUCAUCAGCAUAACGGCUAUUGCAAGAAAUGUUUCCUUUUGACCAGGGUUGACCUAGAGGCUCCCAGAUGUUCUAAGGCAGAGAAGAAAAAAAGCUCUACAAUUGAGCCGCACUACAAAACCAGCAUUAAGCAAGACCCCUUGUGUGAACAGUUCAGAGAGAAGAUUGAUCUGGAAACCAAAAAUGUGCCUCAUGGUGCUGCGAACCAAGGGACAACGAUGACUGGAAAUGUGGAGCUGACCAUGAGGCUGUGCCGGGAAAAGAGAUGCAAGAACUUUGGGAAUGUCAAGUGUGAAGGAUAUUGCAACGAAUGUUACCGACGCAUCCUGUCCAAGUAGUUGGAGUUGUGGGUUGGUUAUCCAUGGAGCACAGUUUGAGUCCAUAGAAAGACAUUCAAAGUGAAGAACAAGAGAAUGUUUGUAAAUAGCAUUCAUACUACUGCGUAGUUCAGCAAAGACCAUUAUAGAUCACAUAUAUGCCUGUGUUAUAAUAGGAGAAUUCAUUUUGGACUCUUUCAGCUGUUCACUUCAGUGAAGCUUAUAAUAAAAUGACAAAUACUGCCCCCUACUGUUCUUUCAUAGCUUUUACUGCUGCCAUAUCACCACAUUCUUACUGACUAAAUCUGAUUCACAUCUAAGAGAAGCCAAAAUCAAGUCCAGAACUAUUAAGCACAAAAACAAAUAAUAAUAAGUUUAUUGGAAGGUACAUUCAACACAAAAGGGUCAUUUGAAGAUGUCAUUUGAAGUAACAGAAUUUGUUUGGACCUUGUUCCAAGAAAUAAACACACAGAACAUUGAAUGUGCCCCACAGAGGAGUUUUUCUCCAUCUACUCUAACACCCUCCAUACACGCACAACCCAGUGAUGUACAUAUCAGAGUGAACAGUGGCCUUACUUAAUAUGAAUGAAUGGCAUUACUUCCUGCCCUGUAACCAGUGCUUCAAAAACAGGCUGCCAGUUACCUCUGAAUUGGAAAAAGGUGAUUCUACAAAUUCAUUAAAUGGAUGGUUAGAUUGUAUUAUAACAAUGUUUACCUAAAUGUAUUAUGUCCUUUCUUCUUUAUGUCAUAUUAACAUGCUAUCACUAACUCACUAGCUAAACUAGACUACAGUGUUAGUUGCAAAAAAACAAAAUAGUUUUCAAGCCGAUGCUAGUGACUGUCUGAUUUUGAUGUUCUAUACGAAUGUGUAAUAUUCUACACUUAAUGUGGUUUGUUAGAAGGGGCAGAACUUUCUGGAAAAAAUGUCCAUUAAAGAAACCCGUGCAAAAAAUGGGGUUGGGGUUGGACAUAGUGGGAGAGUUGGAUGUAGACACUUGUCUGUUAUGAGGCUCUCCAUCAUUGAAAUCCAUUUACUUGGGCACAAAGUUCCUGGGGAGUCUCAAGAAGGAUUACAGCCUGGAUUGGGUUAGUAACCUGGAUUGUGAGAGGGACUGUGACCCCUCAGAGAGAGACUCAAAGUCAGCAUGGGAGGUGGAUGUGGAAAAGAAGAAAUGGGGGCUCCUUUACUCAAUCCUGUCAAGAACAAGAAAACAGGGCUGGUGUUGCAGUUACUCAGUCGAUAGUUAUUAUAGUAGAUACAACCAGUGAUGGAAACUAUCCUGGGCAACCUGAAGUGAAACUUUUAAAAAAAUUAGUAUGUACAUGUAGACAAAAGGACACCAUUGGACAAUGUUAUAUGUUAAUUGAAUUAUCUUAUUUCAAUUCAGAGGUAACUGGAAACCUAUUUUUGAAGUACUGGGUGCAUGGCAGGAAGUAAUGCCAUUCUAUUGCAUGGCACAUACACUCAAAUUAAGCAGAGCCACUGUUUAAUAUAACAUGUACAUCAUUGGUGUGUGUGUGUGUUGGAGUAGAAGAAGAAAAACUCCUCUGACACAGGAUGGAUGUACAGCCUCCACACAGGCAGUGACCAGGCCAGGAUUCAAACUCAGUCUUCAAAAGUUGAGGCAACUGCGCUAAUCACUGCACCACCAUGCCAUCCUGCAUUCAUAGGAUUUUCAUAAACUCUUACUUGUUUUUACUUUUUUUGGAUUUGCAUUUUAAAGUGAAUAUUCAGACUUUGAAGCAGUAGGGCAUGCUUUCUGUAAUUAGAUUAUACUUUAUAAUAAAGUUUAAGAUACCUUCAGCGCACUGUAUCUUAGGACAAUGAUGUAUUUCUAUU